AAUCGUCAGGUGGCAGCGAUUCCUCCAAUACCAGCCAACCAUCCGGACUCACUAUCCGGACUCACUCUCUUUCUCUCCAUUGCCGUUUUAUCUGUUACUACUUAUUCUUCCAUUUUCUUAGGCACCAAAAACAUUUCCUACUCACCCCCCACCCUCCCUCUCUCACUGCCAAGCAAGCGCUCUGCACUUCAAUCUUCAGCUAACAAAACAUGGUCUACACAUUUAUCUAGCUAGACAGAUAUAUAUAGCACACUUUGAGAGCAGUGACAACAUGGAUAGGAGAGUGUUUGAUGAUAGAAGAAGAAUUGGGACAGUGAAGGCAGCUGUUAAUAUGUAUGGAGAAAGAAUUCUUGAAAGUAGUAGUUCUUCACUGAAGACACCAGCCCAGAUGGAUUUGCCUGAGAAGUCUUCCUCAAGAGCUAAAGAGCUGCACAUGGCAAAGAGAGACCUGGUUAGAUAUAAAGAGAAUAGAAGGGCUGCGGAGUCGGCUAAAGUGAAAGCAGAAUCAGAGCUCUCGGAGGCGAAAAGAACGGUGAAAGAGCUUGUUUUACAGAUUGAGAAAUCAAAUUUGAAGGUAAAAGCUCAGGUGAGAGACAUGGAAAGGCUAAACAAGCUGAGUAAGCACCAAGAUAUGGCUUUAAUUGUUGGGAGUGAUGAGAGCCAUCAGUAUGCAGAAGUGAUAAGGGAGUUGGAAGGUGUGAAGCAAGAACUGAGUAAACUUAAGCUUGAGAUGGCUUCUGUUUUGGAAGCGAAAACUCGGGCGGAGAAGGAAAUAGCAACCUCAAUUUCUAAAUUAUCGUCUAAUAUGAGCCAUGCGGAAGCACUCAGGAAGAAGAUUGAUGAGGCAAAUGAGGAGCAAGUGCUAGUUGAGUUGGCACAGAUUGAGGCCUUGAAAGAAUUUGGAGAAAUUCAAGCUCAAAGAGAGAAGGAAGCGAGAGAAUUCUCGUCCGCAAUGCAGGAAACUAAGAACAAAAGGAAGAAUGUCAAAGAGGAAAUCAGCAGCUCUACAGAUCUUGAGUCUAAAUUGGCUGUUACAUUAUAUGACGUGAAUUUGAUACAGCAUGAACUAAAGCUUGCUAAAGAUAAGGACGCAAAGGUACAAAGAAAUGACAGCAUGAAGCAUCUGGGAGGCAGUUUUCGGGAAGGAAAGCAAUUGGAGGAUUCCUCUUUACUGAAAUCCAUAACUGAAGAAUUGCAAGCAGCUAAGAAGGAAUUGGCUUCAACUAGGGAAGAGGGUUUUCAGUUCAUGACCUCAAUGGAUAUCGUAAGGAAUGAGCUGAAGCAUGUUAUUGAAGAAACAGUUCAGUUGAAGAAAGUGAAAGAGAAAGCUGAUAUAACUGCUCAAAAUCUUAAUUCAAAGCUCCUGAGAGCAAAGUCUAAAUUGGAAACUGCAACUGCAGUUGAGGAGAAGGCAAGAUCAACUUUAUCCAGUCUGUCUGUGACACUUGAACAGUUGAAGACCGAAGCCGAGGUAGCAAGGAAAGAGAAGAAGCUUAUCUGCGAAGAAACUGCAAAAAUCAAGGCUGAAAUCCGCAAUACUGAUUCUCAAAUAGACCUCACUGAAGAAAAAUUGCAGUACGCAAUUCAGGAGCUUGAUGCAGUCAAAAAGUCAGAGUCUUCAGCUCUUCAGAAUCUGAAAAAUGUUAUUGAGAACACCAUGAGAUCUAGAGCUUCUGCUUCUCAACAUAGUUCGUCGAUUACUAUCUCAAAGUUUGAGUACGAGUAUUUAACUGGACAUGCAGCCAUGGCUGAAGAAAUUGCAGACAAAAAGGUAGCAGCAGCUCAGGCAUGGAUUGAAGCAUUGAAAGCCAGUGAAAAGGAGAUAUUGAUGAAAAUUGAACUAGCUCAUGGAGACAUCAGAGAAACAAGGGUGAAGGAAGAGAAAGAGAUAUAUAGAACUGAGAGUUCACUAUCUGCUAAAAGAAUGGUAGAGGGAGAGCUUCCAAAAUGGAGACAAGUGAGCAAGAAAAAUACAGAAGCCGAGAACCAGCAACAGCCAUUGCCAAGGAAAUCCAUGAAAGCUAAUGGCAAUCUGACUCCAUCAAGACGUUCAAAGCUUCGAAAUGCUAGUUCUCCAUCAGUUCGAAUGACUCCUCGGAUAACUCCUAGAUCAACUUCUAUUGCUAUCAGGAAGAAAAGAACAAUUGUGCCAAAUUUAGCCAAGUUAUUCAUCGGGAAAAAAAGUUGACAAGGAUCGAUAAAAUGUUUCAAAUUUGUUACGGGCCAAAUUUAGCCAAGUUAUUCAUCGGGAAAAAAAGUUGACAAGGAUCCAUAAAGUGUUUCAAAUUUGUUACGGCUA